AUGGUUAAAUUGAACGAAUCACACUUCGAAAUGCUUCCUUAUCCAUCGUAUAGACCAGAUCCGACCCCCACUUUCACCUUGUCGCAAUUUACUAUACCGAACAAUCCAGUAAAAGAUGCCUUGUUUCUACACAAUUUCGUUAGCAGUAACCUAACGCUGCAAGAUUGCGUUUUCAGACCUGCAAAUUCACAAUGUCCAGAUGAAGACAUUUCUUAUUAUCUUUACACCAAUGGAAAGAGAGAACCUGUCGACUACACUAUAACCGAUUGGUUGAGACAAAGUAUAUGGGAUCCGUUGAAGGAGGAUAUUAUGUUAAUCCAUGGAUACGCUGGAGGAGACGAUCAGCUUCCUAUGGUGGUUUUACGAGAUGCAUAUAUUAGGAAUGGUAGUUACAACGUUUGGAUAGUAGAUUGGGGUAAACUGUCUCCACCUCCGUGUUACAGAGCCGGCGUUAACAAUAUGAGAACUGUAGGAAAAUGUACAGGGGAACUAUUGAGCUCUUUAAGAACCGCUGGUCUUCAAACUGAACGUUUAACUUGCAUAGGACAUUCGUUAGGUUCUCAUGUUUGUGGUUUAAUUUCUCGAUUCGUCAAUUUCCGUCUUCAUAGAAUCGUAGCUUUAGAUCCGGCUAGGCCGUUCGUACCUCCCGGCGUAAGACUUUCUAGUGGAAAUGCUUUAGCUGUACAUGUACUUCAUACAAACGCUGGACACUAUGGUGGCGGAGGAAGAGGCGGUCAUGUUGACUUUUGUAUUAACGGAGGGAGAAUUCAACCUUAUUGCGAAAAUGCGGAUAUUGAUGUUCAAUUAUGUAGUCACGUCUGGGCAAUAUGCUACAUGGCAGAAAGUUUGUUCCCUAGUAGCGUAAAAAUGGCUGAACCUUGUUCGAGAAGGUGCCCAACUGGUCCUAGGCCAGGAACAAGAGUGGGUCUACCUGUAGAAAUGGGACAUGGAACACCUUUAGCUGCAACUGGAUCAUAUUGCAUUCAAAAUAAAUACCCGCCAUAUUGUCCAAGGCGACCAGGAGAUAUAGGAGACAAUAGGUGUUGCUUGAAUCCACCGGGAACAGUCUUAUCUUCUUCUAGUACUCCAACUGAAGUACCAGAGUCUCUAAAUCCAACCACAUUCAACAUAUUCAGUUAAAUAGAUAAUAUUCGAUGUAUUUUAUUAAUCAUU